UAUGACUCAUCCUGUAUGUGCGAUAUAAAUAUCACGAAAUUAUACAGCUUUAAUUGUUACGCGGCGUACAUUAAUGAAGCGGAUUCAGUGUAUCCAACAAAAUAUACGCAAUCGCAUACGUUACUUCCUUACUUGUUAGCUUCUCCUCGCUUCAUUAACUCGUGUCCGCUUAAUCCCGCGGAAUUUAACGAACUUAUUUGCCUAUUCAUACAAUGUGCGGUUCUUCCCGGCAGCGUGCUGGUUACACCGGGCGCGUAUUUCUCGCGACGAGAAACUCAUCGGGCUGGGCAUUAAGGAAGUCUCUUCGCUUUAUAAAGGCGGAUCGGGCGUGCCCGCGCUUUCUUUGCAUAGCCACUUCUCAUGAAGAUUCACUGUAGCGAGGAGUCGCGCUUGUGCAACGGCAGAAGAUUACGCGUAGGGGACAUCCGCCGAAGACGUUGACUCCUGUCACACAUCCAUAUGGCCAGGGGCGAUCGUGGAACCGGUUUGUCGACGCGCGUGUUCCACGUAUAUACGUUCGGUAAACCUUGGACGAGAGGCUUUGUACCGGUUUACGGACGAAAAUCUCUCGAGUUUCCUCAUUCAUGCCGUUCAUGCAGAUCUGUGCAGCAUUCGCAUCAAAUCCACAUAACCGUGUAUGGCGACAAUAAAGAAAUCACGUAAGGCACCCAUUCAUGCACGCGUGGACGAAACGCAGAUGGACACGCACGAGGGCUCGACGGUGCAGCUGCAGUGUCGAUUUCCGCCGCCGCGAGAGAAUGUUACGUGUUUCUGGCUGACUCACACGAACAACAAUCUUGAUAACGCGGCGAUCGAGAACCGCUCGCUGUCGCCCAACUACAAGGUGUUUAUGAAUCUGGAGGAGGGCCGCUACGAUCUGCAAAUCAGAAACGUGUCCUAUGAGCGCGACAAUGGCAAGUACGAGUGCAGAGUGAAGGUCAGCAGCACCGGUACCGAUCUUCACAGGAAGUACAUUACCCUGACGGUGCUGAGGGCACCGGGUCCGCCGACGAUAUCGCCCGCCUCCGCACCGGCCACGGAGGGUCAGCGUCUCGAGCUGCAAUGCAACACGUACGGUGGCAGUCCCGAGCCGGAAGUGAGAUGGUACCGCGGCAACAGCACUAUGCCACUGCACACGGGUAGAACGCUGAUGGUGGAACCCACGCGGGAGGACGACCGAGCGAUCUUUCGGUGCGUCGUGAGGAAUCGGGCGAUGCGCGAAGGCGAAAUUUUGGACGCCUCGGUGACGCUCGACGUCAACUACUUCCCGCGCGUGACCGUCGGUCCGGAAAAUCCGCUCAAGGUCGAGGUGAACGGCACCGCGACUCUCAAGUGCCACGUGGACUCGAAGCCGAUGGUCAGCAUGGUCCGCUGGUGGCGGGACGGCAGUUUCAUCGCCACCAAUUUUAAACACACGAUAUCUAAAGUGACGCUGCAGGAUGUCGGCAGGUACACCUGCCAAGCGGACAACGGGCUCGGCAAGCGUACCGACGCUUCCCUGAUCUUUUUUUUUUUUUUUUUUUUCUUUAAUGGAGAAAACUCUCGUACUCGCUUUAAAGUAUCCGUGAAAAGUUUUAGUUGA